CGGAAGAGGGGUGGGGAGAGCUAAGAUGGCGUACCAGACCUUCCGGCAGGAGUACCUGCAGGUGCCGCCCGUGACGCGCGCCUACACCACGGCCUGCGUCCUUACCACCGCCGCCGUGCAAUUAGAACUAAUCACACCCUUUCAGCUGUACUUCAACCCUGAGCUAAUAUUUAAGCACUUUCAAGUAUGGAGGUUAAUCACCAACUACUUAUUCUUUGGACCAGUUGGCUUUAAUUUUUUAUUUAACAUGAUCUUUUUAUACCGUUACUGCCGAAUGCUUGAAGAAGGCUCUUUUCGAGGUCGGACGGCAGAUUUUGUGUUUAUGUUCCUUUUUGGAGGACUUUUAAUGACUCUUUUUGGCCUGUUUGUAAACUUGGUUUUCUUGGGCCAGGCGUUCACAAUAAUGCUCGUGUACGUGUGGAGCCGCAGGAAUCCCUAUGUCCGUAUGAACUUUUUUGGUCUUCUCGUCUUUCAAGCCCCAUUUCUACCCUGGGUAUUGAUGGGCUUUUCACUGCUGCUGGGGAACUCCAUCAUUGUGGAUCUUCUGGGCAUUGCUGUUGGGCAUAUAUAUUUUUUCUUAGAGGAUGUCUUUCCCAAUCAGCCUGGUGGUGGGAAGCUUCUGAGAACGCCGUCUGUCCUCAAAGCAAUAUUUGAUACACCAGAAGAUGAUCCUAAUUACAAUCUUUUGCCAGAAGAACGACCAGGAGGAUUUGCAUGGGGAGAAGGUCAGCGCCUUGGAGGCUAAUAAGUGUCUGUGCCAAAACACAGUGAGAACUGGGAGAGACCGACCUGAGCAAAGAUCCAUACUGGGGACUUUUCAUUCCCCAUCGCAGAAAGGACACUUUUUGACAGCUCUAUGGUUUUGAAUACAAGCACUUUAUGCAGUCUGAUCCAAGACACUUCCAGACUACCACUUCCUGUCUUUCCCAGUCAGGGAAUUUAUUGUGCUGGUAAUGAAAAUACUAAUCCAGUGGAGCCAAAAACCUAAAACUGGAAACCAUUUCCUGUCAGCUUCAGUUAACAAGGCCAUGAGUACUUGUUUGAAGUGAUUUCUAAAGUGGUUUGGUUUUUUUCCAAGUUAUUUGAUACAGGAAUCUAUAUGGAAAACUUUACAGGAGACAAACCCAACUUUUUGGGGUUUAAACUCAUUUUUUAUUCUUGGAUAAAACUAGAAGAUGGUUGAAAGUGUAAGUUUCUAUUUCAGUGGCACAAGGUUUUUUAGUCUGAGGUGCUAUUGUCUCCGGUCAUGUUUGAAUGGUAAGAAAUACAACAUGCAGCAUAAUGCAGGCGUUUCACUUUGCCAGCUGGGUUUCUGGAAUGUGACUCUAUGUGGAUACGCGUGCCAGGCUGAGACUGCAUUUUGAUGGCUUUGCCCCCCAAGAGUGUGCGUUCAGAUUUGAGUCUAACUGGUUUAAAUAAGUAGUUCUACAAAAUCCACCCCCCUACGCAUGCACACUCCAAAUGGUUAUGAAAUGGCUUGGAGCUCUAGGGAAGAAAACUUGUCUGGAGUCAGAACUGCUCAAAUAUCUCAGAUGAUGAGGUGAAUAAAAUGUUGUGUG